CAAAGAACAAAUUAUAAAGAGUAUCUCUCUCUCUAUGAGGAAAACAAAAGAAGAGAGAUUUAAUGCCAUAAUAACAGCUGUUUAUGUUUAAUUUCUUGGGUAAAAAAAAAGAGAAAAUUCUCUCGUAAAUAUUGGGAGUCUUUCUGCUCAGAAACUCAAUCCACAGAAAAUGGCUCCACAGACAGCGAAGUCUCUCAUGAAGGAAUUCAGGGCCAGCUUUAGAAGAAAAAAGGAGCCCAAAAUAGACAAGGCAAAAGAAAUUGAAGAGGAGGAAAGAAAGAAACUUGCUGAAUUGAAAGAGAGCUUGGGACCAAAUCUUCAAUCUGCAUACACCGAUGCACACAUAUUAAGCUUCCUACGAGCAAGAUUGUUGAAUGUUAAAGAUGCCGAGAAACUACUGAAAACGGACUACAACAUGAAGAAAUUUUUGAAUAUCCAGGAAUUGGUAAAUGACUACGAUGUCACAAGUAUUUCAAAGGAUUACAGUUGUUCUAGUGUGAUAGGAUGUGAUAAAGAAGGUAGUCUAGUACGAGUAAUGAACAUGGGGCUGUGUGAUGUAAAAGGGUAUGUCCAUUGCAUUUCCACGGUAGAACACUUAAAAGUUUUCCUUUGGUUUUUGGAAAACGAUCUCAAGCUGUGUGAGAAGAGAGAAAGCCAGAUACAAAUGGUGUACAUUUUGGAUUUGGCACACAUCAAUCUAUCGGUCUUUUUGCACAAACCAGCCUUAGAUACUGGUUUGGUCGCUCUGAAUCUUCUUCAGGAUCAUUUCCACGAUCUUAUAAAAGUAGUCUACGUCGUCAAUGCUCCUCCUCUAUUUCACUCCAGUCUUAAAGUGAUUAAACCAGUGAUUCAAGACUCUCUCUAUCGAAAGAUCAAAAUUUAUAACAGUGAUGGUUUUCAGGAAGAGCUUUUGAAACACAUAGACGCAGAUAUUCUUCCAGUCUAUUUGGGAGGCAGGAAGAAAGGAGAUGAUCCUUUAGGCAAACAAUUAGUUGGUCUUGGUGGUGAGAUUCCUCAGUCCUACUAUCCAGAUAAUUUAUUGGAUCCGACAGAAGACGGAGUGAUCCACUGUACUGUCGCUGCCGGAUCUUCAGUCAGUUUUCGGUUUCCUAUGGUCCAGGAGAGGACGCUCAUCACUUAUCAGUUUCAGGCUAAAGAAAACGACAUAGGAGUGUGUUUAUUUGUGGACGACGAUGUUGUCAUCGAGAAGCAGAAAAGGAAAGGUGAAGACGUCUCGAAACUGAUGCAACUGGUGCCGAUCAUUCGAAGCCAAUGCCAUCUCUGUCCAGAAAGCGGUGGUUUUGUCACCUGGUUCACGGGCACACUUGUGGUCUACUUUGACAAUACAUACAGCUGGAUGAGUUCCAAAGAGGUCACAUUCAAAGUUAACUUAGAGCCACUCACAGAUUCGAACAAUUAUAUGACAAAAUGCAUCAGAAAAGAAGUCAUGCAGAAGAUCUGAUGGAAUGCAACGCUAUCUCUAAAACGAUUUUUGACUUUCAAGAGAGCUUACAAAGAAUUAAAAAAGACCAGACAGCUAUACAAACAUUUUGCAAUUCAAGACAUUUUACAAACAGAUUUAAAGAACAAGUAUGCUCUUCACGAGAUUUUACAAACAGCUUUAAAGAAGCAUUUUGCUCUUCGAGAGAAGAGAUUUUACAAACAUCUUUAGAGAAACAUUUUGCUCUUCGAGAGAUUUUACAAACAGCUUUAAAAAAACAAAAGCAUUUUGCUCUUCAAGAGAUUUUACAAACAGCUUUAAAGAAACAUUUUGCACUCCAAGAGGUUUUACAAACAGCCUUAAAGAAACAUUUUGCUCUUCAAGAGAUUUUACUAACAGCUCAAAAAAUUUUUGCUCUCCAAGAGGUUUCAAAUAACUUUAAAGAAACAUUUUGCUCCUCAAGAUAUUUUACUAACAGCUUUAAAAAAAAACAUUUAUGCUCUUCAAGAGAUUUUACAAACAGCUAUAAAAGAAAAACAUUUUGCUCUGCAACAGCUAUAAAAAAACAUGAUUUUACCGGGAUUAUUUCAAUUACUCUCUGCCUUUUAUUCGCUGCAAAUCGUUUUAUGUAAGCACUUUUUGAAUAAAAUUUCAGAAAUCGUAAAGGUUUUAUGUAUAAUUAGGGAAGUGAUCAUUAAGACUAUGAAGGCGGAAAACAACGUUCCGAGUAUAAUUUAAAUUGUGCAAGUAUAGAGCGCAAGGAAACAAUUUAAAUUGUUUUAAGUGUGCUUAUCUUAAAUUGUGCUAAAGGUUAAUGAGCACUUGUAAACGACUGACUAAAGUGCAUGAUAAUGCUAUGCAAAAGUAAUUUAAUAAAAUGUCUGUGUACUGACAUAUUUUGAAAGAAUUUCAAUGUUGCCAUAUGAAGUUAACUUAUUUUAUGCCAUGAUAUAUUUUUAAAUUUUCUGUGCAAAUUGGAAUUUUUCAAAAUUUUCAUGCUUUAAUAUCUAAAACAACAUUAUGUGAUGUAAAUUUUAAAUUGGAAAUAAAAAUAUUUUCCUGAA